AUGUCAGUUUCAGCUAACAUACUCGAUGAGAACUCUCGCAACUUGCGGAAAGAGGUUUUAUCUUGUGAUGAUGAAAUUGAAUCUCCUAUCAACGAUGACGACGAAGAGUUCCCGACGACUAGUAUUAGGGUUCUUUUGGUCGAUGCAGAUUCCAAUUCUUUACUCCUCAUGACGAAUCUCAUGGCACAGUACUCCUAUCAAGUAACGAAGUAUGACAACGGAGAAGAGGCCAUGGCUUUCUUGAUGAAGAGUAAGCAUGAGAUCGAUCUAGUACUUUGGGAUUUCCAUAUGCCUGAUAUCAAUGGACUCGACGCUCUCAAUACCAUUGGUAAAGAGAUGGAUUUACCCGUAGUAAUCAUGUCUCAUGACCACAAGAAGGAAACUGUGAUGGCAUCUACCAAGAACGGCGCGUGUGACUUUCUCGUGAAGCCGGUGAGCAAAGAGGUCGUUGCUGUUGUAUGGCAACAUGUUUAUCGCAAGAGGAUGUCAAAAUCUGGUUUAGUUAAACCGGGUGAAUCAUAUACGGUUGAAUCAGAUUCAGACGAAUACGAGGGUUUAUUAAGGGAAGACAAUCUCUAUCAGAGCAACGGAGAAGGCUCCAAGAACACUUGCGAUCAAAGAGAAGACACGUCUUCCGCCAAGAAACCUCGGAUGAAGUGGAGUGCUGAACUUCACCAAAAAUUUGAAGCAGCUGUCGAAAAGAUCGGCAGCGUUGAGAAGGCGUAUCCGAAGCAGAUUCUCAAAUGCAUGCAAGAAGAUAUGAAUGUCCAGGGGCUCACUAGAAACAACGUAGCAAGUCAUCUUCAGAAGUAUCGUCAAAGUUCCAACAAAAAGACCAGCACUCCGCAGGAGACCCAAGAAGAUUUUGACUGGUGUAACACUGGGCUAGAUCCCCCUGAUCUCGCAGCUUCUAAUCCGCCUCUAAGCUCGACUAGAGCACCCUAUUUCAUGAACAAUUUUCAAGCAGCUGCCGUGCCAAAAACAUCAUAUUUCACGACCGAUCAAACCGCACCACCGAUCCCGUAUUUAUCAAACGGUUAUAACCUGCCGAUGAACAACAAGAACAACUACUUCAUGGCCAGCCAAUUCCAGCAGCCGCUGCAACAACAGCAGUACCAAUAUCCUUGUCUAAAUUUGCCAUCCAUUCUAACCAAGCAAGAAUCUGGACACGUGUCUUCAGCCAUGGAAACUUCAGAUACGCUCAUCUAUAACAACUCAAGUUUCCCUAAUUUUGAUCACGACGAGUAUUUCCUACCAGCAGAAUUCACUAACAACAACAAUCAUGAUCAGUUCCCACCUGCUGGAUUAAACAACAAUCGUGAUCAUCAGUUCCCACCUGCUGGAAUGAACCACAAUCAUGAUCAGUUCUCACCUGCUGGAAUGAACAACAACAACAACAACAACAACAACAACAAUCGUGAUCAGUUCCCACCUGCUGGAUUGAACAACAACAAUCGUGAUCAGUUCCCACCUUCUGGAUUGAACAACACUCGUGAUCAGUUCCCACCUUCUGGAUUGAACAACACUCGUGAUCAGUUCCCACCUUCUGGAUUGAACAACACUCGUGAUCAGUUCCCACCUUCUGGAUUGAACAACACUCGUGAUCAGUUCCCACCUGCUGGAUUCAACAACAAUUUCGAUCAAACUUGUCGAAAUUGA